AUAACCUCCUCCUGUGCUUCCGCAAGCAAAUCCCCGAAGGGCAAGGCAGAGCAACAGAUUACGGCACGGUUUGCUAUAUUUGCCCGAGAGAGAGAGAGAAAAGUUCAGCGUCAUUCGGCAGAAAUCAUGGGAGACACAGACGGUGGUGAGUUCACGCGUGUUGGUAUUGGCUUGGGCUCGGGUUCAACUUCAUCUUCUUCUCAGGCGCCCAUCGAUUCUUCCAAUAUCGGUUUUCAGCUUUUGAAGAAGCACGGAUGGAAAGAAGGCACUGGUCUUGGUAUCUCUGAGCAGGGCAGGUUGGAGCCUGUACAGGCUUUUUUGAAGAAGAAUAAAAGAGGGUUGGGAGCAGAAAAAGUCCAGGAGAAGCCACAGAUGGUGGAAAAUUCCGAACAUCCUGCUUCUAACAGAAAAAAUGACAAAGUGUCUUCUGGAAAGAAAGCGAAGGCUAUAUCUAAAAGGAUGAAGAAGUUGCAAGACCUUGAACAGCGGUUGCAAGAAAAGGAAUUUGAGCGGGCCUUUUUCAGGGAAUUCUGGCCAGACAAUGUUUGAUGGUUUCAUUCUCUACCCCUUUCAGUUUAUUAUUGUGUAUGUUUCCUAAGGAUUUGUUUUGCAUACAUCCUCGUAGGCUACCAGGCAGUGCAAAUUUGUUUGCCAAGGUGUAAAAUUACUUUUGGGGAUUACCCAUAGUUCAGCUGCCACGACGAGCACAACUGAGACGCUGUUGCAAGGCUCGCUUUGGCUGCACCAGUAGGCACCCUUGUUGCUAUUUUUUCGCUCGGAUGUUCAUUCUGAACUUUUUGGAGCACCUAAAGAAGGACCAGAAAAUUGUUUUAUUUUUUUAAGUUCAAUUUGGAUGGUAGGGAAAUAAAUAUGCCCGUCUGAUUGUAACUUGGUACCAGUCAAUACUCAAUUAAUGGAAAACCUAGAAUAGCUAAUCUUUAAGCUAAAGAUUUGGCUAUGAUCAGCGCCAUUAAAACUGGUACAGUUUUUGUAGGUUGGUGGGCAGUACUAUCAGCUACUUGCAGCUUUGUCUUGAAUUAUUUCCUGAUUAUUUUGGUGUGUCAGAUGGAAUAUUUUGUUU